GACGACAUCUACAUGUAUGGGGGGAAGCUGGAGGCCGGUUCAGGCAACGUGACAGACGAGCUGUGGGUCUUCAACAUCCCUAGUCGUACUUGGUCCCUGAAGAACCCCAGCAGCCUGGUCCAGGGACAGCCCUACGCCGUGGAGGGACACUCCGCCCACCUGGCUGAACUGACCAAUGGGGACGUGGUCAUGGUGGUCCUCUUCGGCUACUCCCCCGUCUACAGCUACAUCAGCAAAGUGCAGGAGUACAACAUCAGUAGGUCCAACAGUGGCUAGAUGGAUGGGUGGAUGGAUGGUUGGAUGGGUUGUUAAAUGGGGUUUUCAGCCAUGAUGAAUAAUCCACAUGAAUUAAUUCAGAUUUACAUUCCUACAACCCCCAAAAUAGGCAAAGUGACAGCAUCAACCACAGAUGACCGCAGCAACGUUGUAUUCAUUUCAUGGUGCUCGGUGAAGAAACCAUUGUUGUUGGAGUCACCAUUUACAUUUACAUUUUAGUCAUUUAGCAGACGCUCUUAUCCAGAGCGACUUACAGUUAGUGAAUACAUAUUUUUUUAUACUGGCCCCCCGUGGGAAUCGAACCCACAACCCUGGCGUUGCAAACGCCAUGCUCUAUCAACUGAGCUACAUCCCUGCCGGCCAUUCCCUCCCCUACCCUGGACAACGCUGGGCCAAUUGUGCGCCGCCCAUGAGUCUCCCGGUCGCGGCCGGCUGCGACAGAGCCUGGAUUCGAACCAGGAUCUAGUGGCACAGUUAGCACUGUGAUGCAGUGCCUUAGACCACUGCGCCACUCAGUCACCAUUGGGUGUUGCUGUCACUCAUCUCUUAAUGGAAGGCCCAGGAUCUAUCAUGUAUACCCACAACACUCUAUUCCCAUUAAAAGUCCUCUGGUAGCGCCCGCACUUGCAUAGUUCUCUGUUACAAUCUUAUUGUUAUGAUGGUAAACACACCUACGGUCUAUUCGCAGAGCCUUUAAGGUUGUCCUCUUGACUGCUGUUGGUCAAUGUUCUUUGACCGCUGUGGGAUCCUUAGGUUUUUCAUUCCAGCAGAUGGCGCUGCAGUACCGCGUUUUGAGGCGUAACAAUCAGGUGAAUGCCUGUAUUACAAAGCAUUUUAGCCUAUAGGAGAGUUGAAGAGGGAACAUCUACAGUCUUGGGUACUCUAGGGUACACUUACAGUGGUCAGGGUUAAAUAAGUGGGUACUAGACUGUGAAUGUAUUUGAUUUGGGUAAAAUACAUAUACAACAAAAUGUGCAAUGUGGAUCCAGAGGAUAGCACUUACAAGUACUAAUUAUAACAUUUGUUUUCAAAGUGGUCCUCGUGCACGCAAGCACUCUCUUUCUUCUCUCUCUCUCUACAUUAAGAGUAGGUGGCACCUAGUCUGGACCGUCAGGGAGAAGACAUGAUUAAUGUGUCUGAGUUCUACUCAUCCCCCUCCCCUCAUCCCUCCCCCCUCCCUCAUAUCGCUCCGUCUCACUCACCUCUCACUCUUUCUCUUUCUCUUUCUCUUUCUCUUUCUCUCUCUCUCUCUCUCUCUCUCUCUCUCUCUCUCUCUCUCUCUCUCUCUCUCUCUCUCUCUCUCUCUGUGUGAGCAAACAGUAUUUCUCCUAUAAUUAGUUGUAUUUAGAGCACUAUGGAUAUUGUGAUAUUUCAUCACAUUGAGAGAGUAGAGUGCCAUCAUUCAGAGAGUAGUGUCAUCAUUCAGAGAGUAGGGUGUCAUCAUUCAGAGAGUAGGGUGUCAUCAUUCAGAGAGUAGGGUGCCAUCAUUCAGAGAGUAGGGUGCCAUCAUUCAGAGAGUAGGGUGCCAUCAUUCAGAGAGUAGGGUGCCAUCAUUCAGAGAGUAGGGUGCCAUCAUUCAGAGAGUAGGGUGCCAUCAUUCAGAGAGUAGGGUGCCAUCAUUCAGAGAGUAGGGUGCCAUCAUUCAGAGAGUAGGGUGCCAUCAUUGAGAGAGUAGAGUGCCAUCAUUGAGAGAGUAGAGUGCCAUCAUUCAAGAGUAGAGUCUGCCAGUUGUGGAUACAUCUCAGUGUAUCCACAUGUUCCGUGGCCUCCCCCUCUCUCCAUCCCUCCCUUCAUCUGUCAUAAGGGAACUUGAAGUACAUGGUGGAGCAGCCCAAUGCUCUCUCCCGCUGGCUCGGUCUGUCUCCCAGAGUCAGUCUUUUACACACACACACUCGUUUGGCACACUCACAAGCAUGCACACUUCUUCUCCAUACUGUAUGUAUCAAAGCUGAUCCAAUCAUGUUGACCUACUCACACUAAGAUGCACUUCUCUUCUGCCUCUGUCACACAGGGACAAACUCCUGGCAGGUCCCUGAAACCAACGGGGCCAUCGUCCAGGGUGGCUAUGGCCACAGCAGUGUGUAUGACAGCUCCAGCCGGUGUGUGUACGUCCACGGGGGCUACAAGGCCCUGCCUGCCAACAAGUAUGGCCUGGUGGACGAGCUGUAUCGCUAUGAGGUCCAGACACAGACC